GACGAAAAUCCUCGCCUGCUUGGUGUCUUCAAACGCGGGCCACUCAUUGAUCACUCUUGGGACGCAGAAGGCCAGACAAACUCUCGACUCGACCUUCUCUCAACUCGUACUCGAACCAACAUCGCUGCUGGCAGCCUGCAACGAGGCGUCAACAGCUGUACACCUGCCACGGAAGAUUUUUUUUGUUCGCACUCUCGCACAGACUCACAUCUGCUGCCCUAUCGUCAGCAGAACACGCUUGUCCCCGCCGAAGACCCCCGGAGACGAAGAAGGAAAGGAGGCAAUAUCUGCUGCCUGUAUUGGUAGGCACAUACUUCCCUCACAAUGGACGACUUUGAUCUGUACGGCGACGACCUGUACAGCGGUGGCGGCGACACCAGAGGGCCACCCCUGGGCUCUGAGGCCAAACCAUCUGGACCAGGAAAGCAAGAGCCUCAUGAUGACGCGAAGCCGCCAGCGGCUGCGGCUAACGCUCCAAAUGGCAUCGGUGGGGCAGCAAAACGAUCAUGGGAGGAAAGCGAAGACGCGGACCGGAGCAUGCAGCCUGGAGUAGCAGGUGGCGAAGCUCCGAGGCAAGAGCUGACUCCACGUGAAGCGCUUGCAGGCCGACCAAAGGUGACAGACCCAAGCAUUCAAAACGCGCUCUACGUCGCCGAUUUGAACUGGUGGUGCACAGACGAGGACCUUCGGCAAGUUGCUGCUGGCGUUGGCAUCGCUAUCGCGCUCAGCGAUGUGACCUUCUCGGAGCACAAGGUCAACGGCAAGAGCAAAGGUGUUGCAUAUGUUGAGAUGGCGAGCGAGGACGAGGCGCGCCGGUUGAUGCGCUGGUUCGAAGAGAAUGACUUCCAGCACAAAAAGGCAGACGUCAAGCUCACUACAUCAGCCAACGGUAAUCCUUUUGCUGUCCUCCCUAAGGACCCUCCGCCGCGUGCAGACCGCGACGGGGGAGGAAGGGGGGGCCGUGGCGGUGGACGAGGACGUGGCCGAGGUGGCUACGAUGGCGGCAUGGGCAGUGGAAGGGGCGGCGCUUCUUCUGGUCCGGGCGGCAUUGGCAUCGGUGGCCAACCGGGCGGGAUGCCGCCGAUGAUGAACCCGAUGGCCAUGAUGGGCAUGAUGGGUCGUCCGCCGUUCGGCCCGGGCGGGAUGCCUGGGUUCGGGCCGCCAGGCGGCGCGCCGGGUGGGCCUGGUGGCUUCGACGAUGGAGGUCGUGGUGGACGAGGCGGCUUCCGUGGGCGAGGUAGGGGACGGGGAGGCAUGGGUCAAGGACACUAUAACCCAAAUUUCUUCCCCUCUGGCCCAGGCAUGGGUUCCGGAGAGGACGAUCGAGCACACAAGCGAUACCGCGCUGACGAUGGCAGGUAAAGAGACGCCGACAUGCGUCACAACAUGUACUUUACCAAAUCACAUAUUCUGCUGCCGUACCAAAAUGACUGAGUACGGUGGAUUGAACUAUUCCCUUAAGGAUGCAG